AUGGUUGUAUUUGCUCUUAUCUUUACUACAAAUGGUGCAACUUGUCCAAAUCGACAAUCAAUAGAAGAAUUUCUCAAGCAAGUUCAUAUUCCAGGCGCUGUAAUCGUCGUAGUCAAUGCUACUCAUACACUCUACGAACAAGCCUUCGGUUACCAGUCCUUAUUAACGAAGCAGCCUAUGAAUGCUGAAAGAUCGAUUUUUCCUCUUGGCUCAAUCUCGAAAACAUUCAUUGCUAUUGCUGUCAUGCAGCUUGUCGAACAAGAACUUGCCGAUCUUGAUACAGAUGUUAACCAGUACUUAGCGGAACCUCAGAGACGCAUAUAUCAUCCACACUAUCCUUCGCAUGCGAUCACUCUACGCAAAUUACUCUCGCAUUCAGCUUCGAUUGAUGUCAGGCCUGACGUACAAAAUACCAAUUUACGACCAGAUGAUGAUGCGUACAAUGAAUCGUUGGCUGAUGGGUGCUUCAGAUAUCUGAAUCCAAACCCAUCAAAUUGGAUACCGAAACCACCAGGCAGUGUAAUAUGGUAUGCAAAUCUUGGUGCAGCACUAGCUGCACUGGUUGUUGAACGAGUAGCAAAUAUGUCCUAUAUAGACUACAUCGAAGAAAGAAUUCUGAAACCAUUAGGUGUUGAUAUCAGCAAAACCGGUGUGCGUCUAGCAGACUUUGAAAAUACAGAAGAUCUUGUCAAGCAUUAUGUUUAUGCCUUCAAUACAUCUUUCCUCGAACAGUGGAAAAAAUUUAUUCCACAUUUGAAUAUCACACAGAUUGCGGACAAUCUUCCUACGUGA